AUGGAACAAGAGAAGGAGACGGUGGUGGCGAGUCACGGCGGCGGGCAGACGGGGGAGGUCGCGGAGCGGUACCGGGCGAGCAUGGUCCUGGCGGGCGUGGGCGACGCCAUGGGCUAUCGCAAUGGCGUCUGGGAGUUCACGUUUGACGGCGUGGCGAUCCUGCGCGAGCUGAAGGCGCUGGGCGGACUGGACAAGCUGAGCAUCAAGAAGUGUAUGGUGUCCGACGACCAAGUCAUGCACCUCGCCACCGCCGAGGCGCUGGUGGAGCACGGGGCGGAGCGGCCGCUCGAGGAGCUCUACCCGAUCCUGGCCAAGCACUAUGUCAAGUGCUUCGACGACAUGGGCGGCCGGGCGCCUGGCCCGAUGACCUCCCAGUCCAGAGACAAGCUGAUCGCGGCCUCGAUCGAGAGCAGCCGAAUGACCCACAACCACCCGACCGGCUUAUUUGGGGCGUUGGUGGCGGCUCUCUUCACGGCCUACGCCAUCGAGAAGAUUCCACCGAUUCAGUGGGGACGCCUCCUGCUCGACCAGGGGAGGGACUGGGCCGAGUACCAGGCCGACCUCAAGUACUUCGAGGACCACUGGCGGGCCUACAUGCUUCUGCGGAAGAUCGACAACGGCGAGGCCGAGCCCACCUUCCCCGAGGUCUGGGGUCCGGCCGAGCGCGACGCCUAUUACAGCUCCAUCGCCUGGGCCGGCUGGGGCGGCGCUUCCGGACACGACUCGGUGAUCAUCGCCUACGACGCGCUGCUCGGGGCCGGCGACUCGUGGCAUGAACUGGUCUAUCGCGGCAUCCUGCACGGCGGCGACAACGAUUCGACGGGCGUGAUCUGCGGGGCGUGGUUCGGCGCGCUCUACGGCCUCGCGGGUGUGGCGCCGGUGUCGCACUACGCCGACCUCGAAUACCGCGACCGCGCCGAGGCCGCCGCCCAGCGCCUCCUCGCCCUGGCCACCACCGCCAACAGCACCACCUCGGCCCAGCGUAAUGACGAGUGA